AUGGCCCACGAGCGCGCAGAGAGCAACUACUUCAUCCUCUCGGGCAACUCGCAGCGGUCGCUGGGUGGCGGCGGCCAGUACCUGCGCCAAGAGAGCUCCUUCCGCGACCGGCUAGAGCUCCUCGAUGUGCUCGGCGACAACCCGAACGACCCGCUCGGUAGCCAGCGCGGUGUCAACGAGAGCGGGUCCGAGCCCUUUGGCGUCUUUGACGAUGAGUUCUCGAUUGACUUUUGCUGCGAUAUCCUCAAGGCCAAGUUUGGCUUCCAAGACGGCUCGGUCGACAACCAGCGCGAGCAUGCGCUGCUGCUGCUCGCCAACUGCAAGGCGCAGCACCGGUCGCACGACAGCGCCAACCACAUUGCGAUUCUGCACAAGAAGCUUGUCGGCAACUACGUCGAGUGGUGCGCGUUUCUGCAGAUCGACCCGAUCUGGUACGCCGGCCCGGUCAACGACCGCUUCAAGAACCGCAUGCACAUGGAGCUCAUGCUGUACCUCUGCAUCUGGGGCGAGGCGGGCAAUCUGCGGCACAUGCCCGAGUGCAUUUGCUACCUCUACCACCAGAUGAUGACGAUGCUCAACGGCGACCUCAACUUUUCGUUUUUGCAGCCGCCAUUGUGGUACCUCGAGUCGGUCGUGCGCCCGAUCUGGACGCAGUGCGCAGGCAUGCAGAAGAAGGACGCGCUCGGCAAGCACCUCGAGCACACCAAGGUGCGCAACUACGACGACCUCAACGAGUUUUUCUGGAAGCCGUCGUGUCUCGCCGUGCCGAUCGACCAGGCCGGCCACGCGCUCUCGACCCACGGCAAGACGUACUAUGAGCACCGGUCGAUCUUUACGCUCGUCCUCAACUACUACCGCAUCUUCCACUUCAACUUUAUGUUCCUCUUUGCGCUCGCCGUGCUCCAGUACUGCGUCACGAUCUCGCCCAAGGGCGCGGCCUCUGGCUUUUCGCAGUUUAGCGCACUCGGGCAAGUGGUGUCGCCGUACUCGACGCGCGAUCUCAAGCUGGCCCUCGUCUUCCUCGUGCUCGCACACGCUCUCUUGUCGGCGCUCAAGUGCCUCCUCGAGGCCGGCCACGGCUGGCAUUUGCUCUUUGCGGCCACGCCGAGCUCGUCCAAGUCGGUCACGUACGGCGUCGCGCUCUCGCUCCGCUUGCUCUGGAACGGCGCGUUUGCUGGCGUCUUUGUACGCAUGAUGGUCGAAGGCGAGGCAAGCCCGACGCAGCUGCUCGAUUGGUUGCUCCCGCUUGCGCUUGGUUUCCUCGGGCCAUCCCUGCUGCUCAUGGUGGCGACGAUGCUCCUGCCAACGCCGGUGCUGACGCAGUCGUUCUGGGCCAAGUUUAUCCGCGAGGGCGACUCGUGCUACACGGGCCGUAACAUGACGCCGCCGUGGUCGUACCGGUCCGUGUACAUUGCGUACUGGCUCGUGCUCUGGACGUUGAAGGCCGCGGUGUCGUACUGGAUCCUCAUCACGCCGCUCAUGCUGCCGUCGCUCGCGAUCUACGACAUGAAGCUGACGUACACGACGUCGGUGGUCUCGAUGCGCAACUUUGGCGUCAUCGCCGCGCUCUGGGCGCCGGUGUUUUUCGUGUUUUGCUACGACACGCAGAUCUACUUUACGAUCUUCCAAGCCUUGUACGGCGCGUACAAGGGCGUGCGCAUGCACACGGGCGAGUACCACGGCUUUGCCGAGAUCUCGAAGGCCUUCCGCUUGUUGCCGCAGCUGUUUGAUGCCAAAGUCGUCACCAAAGAGGCGGUCGUGCUCGACAAUGCGCCGACCGCCGACGGCCACCGCAAGUCGAUGCUCAUGGCGCGCUUCGUCGUGGAGGCCGCGAUCUUCCAGUAUGACGUGGCACCGCUCUCGGGCGAGAUUUACGAGCCGGUCUUUCUCUCGGCCGGGAAGCUUGAGGAAGCGAUCGACACGGUGCUCAAGCUCCACGCCAAGAAGAACGCCAAGGCGACCGACGCCGACGGCGAGCUCCAGGUCGAGCUCCUUCUGCACGACUGCCUUCCGUCGAUCAAGUCGGCCUUUAGCGCGAUCUACUUUGUGCUCGACAUUCUCCUCGACGAGUCGGACGUGCGCAUCUUUGAAGGCCUCGCCGAGAUGGAGCGCAUUGCGGCCGACGGGCGCUUCAUGGCUACCUUCCACGUGCAGCACCUCUUGCACGUCCGCUCGGCGCUGAUUGCGUUUCUCGAGGCCGUCCUCGACUUGCCGCCGCCGUCCGAGCCGAAUGCGGCGUCGCACACGUCGAAGGGCCACCCGAUGCCGCUCAUUCAAGAGUUUGCGCACCGCUUUGAGACGCUGCUGCAAGCGUGCGAGAUGCUCUGCCGCGGCGUGCCCGACCUCGCGGCCAAGUUUACGCACAGCAACUUUACCGCGGCGCGCAACGGUCACGUGCUCGCGGCCGAAGGCAUGGUCCGGCUGUGCAACGACGACGUUGCGCUCUCGAACGCGACGCGCGCACUGCUGCUACUGACGCUGGACCCGGCGAACGCGAUGCCGCGCUGCUCGGAAGCCAAGCGCCGGCUCGGGUUCUUCAUGAAGUCGCUUUUGAUGGACAUUCCGCAGCUCGCGUCGGUGCGCGAGAUGAAGUCGUUUUCGGUCAUGACGCCGUUUUACGCCGAGGGCGUGCUCUACUCGAUCAAGGAGCUCCAAGACCCGUUGGAGAACCACGCGAUCUUUGCCGCCGCCGAAGAAGCGGGCAAGAACCUCACGAUCCUCAAGUACCUCAUCACGAUCCACACGGCCGAGUGGGAGAACUUUAUCGAGCGCAUCAACGUGACGUCGGAAGACGAGGCGAUCGAGAAGCACCCGCUCGAGCUCCGUCUCUGGGCGUCGUACCGCGGCCAGACGCUCGCGCGGACCGUGCAGGGCAUGAUGCUCUACGAAGACGCGAUCAAGAUGCUCUACUGGCUCGAGAUUGGGUCGUCGCCGCACAAGACGGGCGAGAUGAAGCAGCGCAUGCUCGAAGACAUGGUCAUCCUCAAGUUUUCGUACGUGUGCGCGUGCCAAGUCUAUGGCAAGCACAAGGCCGAGAAGAAGGCGCAGGCCGCCGACAUUGAUUUCCUCCUCCAGACGUACCCGAACCUGCGUGUGGCCUAUGUCGACACGGUCAAGAAGGAGUCGACGACGUCGUUUUACUCGGUGUUGAUCAAGGCCGAGCACGAUCGCAUCGUCGAGGUGUACCGCUACGAGCUCCCCGGCGACCCGAUCCUCGGCGAAGGCAAACCCGAGAACCAGAACAACGCGCUGCCGUUCACACGCGGCGAGUUUCUCCAGACGAUCGACAUGAACCAACAGCACUACUUUGAAGAGUGCCUCAAGAUGCCCAACUUGCUCGUGACGGCCGACUUGCAUCCGUCGGGCAAGCCGGUCAGCAUCAUUGGCAUGCGCGAACACAUCUUUACGGGCAAUGCGUCGUCGCUCUCCAAGUUCAAGUCGUGGCAGGAGCUCGUGUUUGUGACGCUGAGCCAGCGCGUGCUCGCCGACCCGCUCUACGUUCGCAUGCACUAUGGCCACCCCGAUAUCUUCGACAAGGUCAUGUGCCUCACGCGCGGCGGUGUCUCCAAGUCGUCGAAGGGCAUCAACUUGUCGGAAGACGUCUUUGCCGGCUUCAACGCGACCUUGCGCGGCGGUGUCGUGACCCACGUCGAGUUUAUGCAGUGCGGCAAGGGCCGUGACGUGGCGCUCUCGCAGAUCUCGAUGUUUGAAGGCAAGCUCGCCAACGGCGCCGGCGAGACGUGUCUGGCGCGCGAGGCCCACCGCAUGGGCGCGUUCCUCGACUUCUGUCGGCUCAACUCGAUGUACUACUCGCACACGGGCUUUUAUUUUGCGACGUGGCUCACGAUCGUGACGGCGUUUGUCUUUAUCUACUGCAAGGUGUACCUCGCGCUCACGGGCGUCCAAGCCCAGAUCGUGCUGAGCAUGAACUCGACGGCCAUCAUCAUGCGCAACUCGGACAAGGGCUUUGACACGCGCGCGUUCAACAAUUUGGACAACAUCAUCAACACGCAGUACUACAUCCAAGCCGGCCUCUUCCUCACGCUGCCGCUCAUGGCCGUGUACUUUACCGAGGCCGGUUUGCGCCGCGGCUUUCUGCGCUUCUUCAACAUGAUGGUGACGGCGGGCUGGGCCUUCUUCACCUUCCAAGUCGGCACGACGAUGCACUACUUUGACACGAACAUUGUGCACGGCGGCGCCAAGUACCAAGCGACCGGGCGCGGCUUCAAGAUCACGCGCGAGACGUUUGUGCUGCUCUACAAGGCGUACUCGGCGUCGCACUACCGCAAGGCCAUGGAGCUCAUUGGCCUCUCGAUCAUCUACGGCGUCUAUGGCGUCUUUGACAUUUGCCUCAAGACGCCGCAGAGCGCGACCAACACGUUUUCGCAGCAGUUUUGCACGACCGCCCAAGGCUACGGCACGCAGACGUUUGCGAUCUGGUUCAUUGCCGUCCUCUGGCUCGUCUCGCCGUUCCUAUUCAACACGGACGGGUUCGACUAUGAGAAGACCAAAGCCGACAUUGCCGCGUGGGCCCACUGGAUGUUUAUGACCGAGGACGAGGUCGACGCCAAGGACAAGGUCAACAACGGCGGCUGGAUCGGCUGGUGGAAGGACGACGAGAAGCAGUACAUUGGCACGAAGCCCAUCUCGCGCGCCACGGUCGUCCUCCGCGAAACGCGUCACUUUGUGCUGCUCUGGUACGUGGUCACGCUCCGGUUUGCACCCGUAUACCUCGCGGGCGUCCUCGGCGCCGUCAUCGUCACGCUCGGACUCUUCCAGCUCGGCCACACGAGCGGCGGUCUCCGUGCGCGCGGCCAGAUCCGCGCCAUCGCAUACGCGCUUCUCGUGACAAUUGCCGUCGUCGUGUACCUCGUGGGGACGCUCGUGUACCCGUGGCGCCUCGGGUGGCCGAGCGCGCUGAGCCUCCUCUUUGGGUACCUUGCGGCGCUCUACGGUGUGAACGAGAUGGCGCGCGUGUUUGCUUUCCCGACCAUGUCGAUCGUCAACGUCGGCGUGUUUGUGCAGCUGGCGUUCUUUUGGGACUUUGUCUUUGGCGCAAUCAUGCUCGUGCCACUGGUUGUGCUCUCGGUGAUUCCGUUUAUGAACAUCAUCCAGACCCGCAUGAUGUACAACGAAGGCUUUUCCCAAGUGCUCUCGGACUCGUCGCAGUACGCGUUCUCGAUUGCCGGCGUCGUCGGCUUUGUCGGCGCGGGUGCGUGCGGCUGGCUCUACUACGUGCUCACGACCUUGGCGUCGUCGGCCGGCUUUUUGAGUUAUACCUCGGCGUUCCGCAUCGUUUUGGAGAAUGGCAACAACGUGACAGCCUACUUUGUCAUUGGUGGCGCGGCCGUCGGUGCGGGCGCGGCCGGUCUCCUCGGCUGGUCCCUCGGCCGUCGGCUCACGGUCGUCGCCGGUGGCUUUGUGUCGUUUGUCGCCAUGGCCAUGCUCACGGCGGUUGCGUCGUUUAGCGGCAGCGCCACGCACCUCCUCCUCGGCGGUCUUGCGCUCUUUGGCGUCGCGAUUGGCCUCAUGCUCCCGACGAUUGCGUGCUACUGCUAUGAAAUCUCGACCAAGGAGAUGCGGGCGCGCAUCAUGCUCUUGCUCUCGGUCGGCUUUGUGCUCGGCAACCUCGCCGCGAGCUACUUUAGCUACGGCACGUCGAUUGGGUGGCUCUGGCAGGCGUUCUGGUGCUUCCUCGUGUUUGCGUGCCUCACGCCGGCCAUCAACUUGCUGCCGGAAAGCCCUGAGUGGGUCCUGGCCCGCCACGGCGAAGAGGCGUGCAAGGCGUGCCUCGUGCUCCUCCGUCGGCGCCAAGACGUGGCCGCCGAACUCGACGAGCUCCAGGCCAAGCACGUGCACAAGUACAGCGGCGCCAACGGCGUCUACAAGGCGUUCAUGGGCACCAUCUUUGUUUGCAUCUCGGCGCUCUCGACCUUGCCGCUCUACGUGUACACGGCCCGCGUCUUUACGGGCCUCGGCCGGCCGCUCAUGCUAGCCAACUGCCUCGGCACGGAGCUCCUCUUUGCGAGCCUGUCGUUCUUUUACAUUGAGAAGCUCACGCACAAGCUGCUGCUGCUUGUGACGUUGACGCUGGUCGGCGUUGGCGCGGCGCUGCUCGGUGCCCACGAUCUCUUUCAGAUCUUUGGCGUCCGCGACCAGACCGCGCUCCAGGCGCUGCUGAUCACGCUCUUUGCCGUCAAGGGCGCGGGCCUCCCGGCGACGCUGUGGGCCGCGGUCGUUGGCCUUUUCCGGGUGCAUGGCCGGUUCAUUGCGGCGCCAAUCUUUUUUGCGCUCUUUUUUGGGCUCCAAGCGGCGGCCACGUACCUCCGAAUUGACACGGCGACGACGCGCUCGAGCAGCUCGAAGGAAGCGUUUUGGAUGUUUGCGCUCGCGGGCUUGUGCGGCCUGGGUGUCCUCGGGACGGCCGGCCUCGCCCGUCGCGCGAAUGGCCUCGUCUGCACGGCGGCCGAGAUGGAGUACGAGCGCAAGAUGAUGGCGAUGGCGGCCGAGACGCCGCUGCGGUCGCACAACUCGAGUCGGAACCGCGGCUUUUCGCGCCAAACGAGUAAGCGCAUCACGGGCAAUCGAACGCUGUCACCGCGCAAGGCCAGUAGCACGCCGUACCUCCAGACGCAGAGCUUUGACGAACAUAGCUCCUCGCCCCAGAAGAACGUGGUGUGA